UGUCACGAGCUCGAAAUGAAUGGGGCAGAUGACAGGGAAAAUCUCGAACUUGAGGCCGAAGUGAAGGGGAAAUUACUGGCAGUUAUCGACAUGUGCCGAGAAUGUGGUGCGCGUGGAUCGAGCGUCGGAGCGCCAACUGACUCCUAUCGGGCUGGUCAAUUAGGCGAGGCUCGAUCGGAACUGCAUCUUGCUUCAGCACGCGUGAAAAGCCUUCAUUAUCAACACAUGAACAACAUGCAAGCCUUUUGUCAAGAACAAUUCGCUGCGCAAGCCAUGCAAAAUGCACAGCUAAUCCAAGCCGUCAAAAACUCCCGUUCCAAGAAAGUCACGUGAGGGGAGGUGUGGUCGAAGUCGAAGUGGACUGGGGGUACCUACUCGAUUUGAAAUCCAGGAAUACAUUCUUCCACUAGGCACGGCGCCCCGCUCGCGGAGUUAGUGGGCCUUG